AUGACUGAUAUUGAAGAGAUUAUUGAUCUGUAUGCAGAAAUACCUAGUUUUCAUAAAGAUUAUACCUAUCUACUUAAUCAAUUACCACAAUCAUUAAUAAAUGAUGCAUGGAAACAUCUUAUAACUAGAAAAAGAAUCAAGUUAACAAAUAUAGAAGCUAGUUAUAUAAAUUCUGAAAUUGAAUCAUUUUUAAAACGUGAAAUUGAAAGAUAUAAUAGACAAAAGCUACAAAGUUCUAAAG